AACCGCGGCUCCCGCCCCCCCCCCGCAGCCCCCCGCGGCCCCCCCGGGCCCUGCCCCCCCGCGCUGACCCCCGCCCCCCCGGCCGGGCCAUGGAGCGGUACCGGGGGCUGACGGACACCGAGCUCAUCGCCAUGCUGCAGCGCUACGGCAUCCCGCACGGGCCCGUCGUGGGAUCGACCCGGAAGCUCUACGAGAGGAAGAUCUGCGAAUACGAGAGCCAGCGCACCAAGCUGUCGCCCUCGGGGGGGGCUGGGAGCUACUCAGGUCCCGGCACCACCGAGACCUACAUCCGGGAAUCCUACAGCUACCCCCGGCAGGAGGAGCGGCGUGGCUAUGGGGCGGACGACUCCAGUCCCACCAGGAUGUACACACGGGAGCUGUAUGAUUUCCCUCGUCGUGAGGGUCGCACCGGCUACCUGGGGGAUGAUGUGGACACCGAGUCCUACGAAGAAUCUUCCUCCUCUUCCUCCUCCUGGCUCUCUGGUGCAGCCCCAAGUCGCCUGGGGGAAGCCACCACCCGCCAGCCAAUCGGAGAGGCCGCAUCCUACACCCCGAGCAGGACGGAGGAGACCGAGAGGGACGGCGUCUCCUACCAGCGGGUCUGCCGGGCCCGGCCCGCCCCGCCCCCCAUGCGGGUGGAGCCACGCCGUGCCAUCCACCCCCUGCCCCGCGGAGGCCCUGGGGGGGCCACAGGGGGAGGCUCCCGGCGCUACCUGCCUCUCUGGCUGCAGCUGCUGCUCUUCGGGGCGCUCGCAGCCUUCCUGGUGUAUGUGUACUGCGCCCUGCAGGGCGGUGCCGACGACAACCCGUUCAAGCAGCACCUUGACUGAGGGGGUCCCCCUCCCCCCAGGGCCCACGGCCCGUCCUGUCUCCCAGCCCCCCCAGGCACCCUGUCCCUUCUCUCAGCCUCCCCAUCCUGUCCUCCUACCCCUGGACACUCCUAGGGGCCAAUGUCCUCUCCCCCCCCGGGGCACCCUGUCCCUUCUCUCAGCCCCCAGUCCUGUCCCCCAGGGGGUCCACAUCCCAGCUCUCAGCCCCCCUCCUGCCCUGUCCUCCUCUCCCCCUCCCCCAGGGAACGCUGUCUUCUCCUGGCAUCCAUGGCCCUGCCCCCCAAUUCUGACAGCUCUCCCCCCACUUCCUGCUCAGGGAUGGUUGUUGGGGAGGGGCCCGCCAGCAGGCUGGGGUCCCUGCUGGCGCCUGGUGUGUUUACGUAGGGCCUAUGCUAACUGCCUCCUGGUUCCGCCCUACCCUGUGCCUAGGCUGGGGUGGGGGUACUGCUACCCCAUCUCCCGUAGGGGUUAACACUAUGGUGGGGGAGGGGCUGUAACCAGGGUGGGGACGGACACACACACUCCAGCCCCUCCUUUAACUUCCUAAUCCAGGCUCAUCUCUACCCCCCCCCCCACCCCCCAGUUGUUCCACUCCUUUUGGGGGAGGAGCUAGUCUACUUCCCCUCCCCCCAAAUAUGUCCUGUCCCCUCCCGGGGGAAUCAGUCUCGAAGGGGCAAAUAGUUGCCAAGUGGUGCUGCUUAGCUUUUGUAAUCUGCUUGGGCAGGGGGGGGUGUCGCUGCAUUUUCCUAGGCAAGGGGUUUGCUUUUGAAACAAACCAGCUGUGGGGGAGCCACUCAAUAAAAUUGGGGCUUUUUUUGGUUGUUUUGUAAAA